GAUAAAUGGAAACGGUCUAUCCGAACUCCAUCCCAGCUCAAAUCGAGCAUGUGCUCUAAACGAAAGAAUCGAAAGUUAGAUGAGUUUGGUAGCACUGUCGCCCGUGUUCACGUUGGUCGUGAUCCCGCUAUCGACCAGCUCCGGCCAGCUUCUACUCUACGAACAGCACUUACUGGGCAAAGAAAACGUGGGUUCGAACGCAAGGUUUCUAAAUCUAUCAAAAAUAUGUCCGGAACGGACCUUUCAGGUGGAAAAGUAUUAAGUCGUCCUACAUCCCGUCAGGCUUAUGGUUCUAAUGACUGCCUCGUCGGCGAUGUGCAAAUGUCACCAGCCAAGAAGCGUUUGAAAUUGGAUUCGUGCCUUAAACCUUAA